GCACCGCCCCGAAGUUUGUUGUGGUGCGGAGCGUCCCGGACGCCUGAGACCGCUGGGAACCCGGUCGCGGUGCCGCCAUGGCGGUGCGACAGGCGCUGGGCCGGGGCCUGCAGCUGGGCCGAGCGCUGCUACUGCGCUUCACCGCCAAGCCUGGCCCGGCCUACGGCUGGGGCGGGGCUAACCUCCCUGCCGUGUCCAACCUGGCCCUCACUCAGAUCUUGUUGGAGGAGAUGCUGUCCAACUGCGAGGUUGUGGGGGCUAACUGGGCUCAGGGCCUCAAUGCUCUGACUGCAGUGAAGGUACAGAGUUUGAGAAAACAUUAUUCUGAACAAUGGGAGAGAAAGGUAGCUUGGCCUAACCCCAGGAUGAGCAGUAAAACCCAAUUUGAUUGUAUUUUUAUUAGCUCUUCAUCUUGUCAGUGGAGGCCUUGCCUGGCUCUACCUCCCUCCUCCCCCACCACCCUUUACUUGAGUCUUACUAGGCAUCCUGACUCAUUGUGCAUGUUUUGUUCCUCACAGGCAAUUUUUACCCAGAAAAACAAGCUGCUUGCUGACCCUUUGGACACCAGACGCUGGCAGGGCUUCCAGCUGGAGGAGUAUCUGAUAGGGCAAUCCAUUGGCAAGGGUUGCAGUGCUGCUGUGUAUGAAGCCACCAUGCCUGUGUUGCCCCAGAACCUGGAGGUGGUGAAGAGCAUCAGGCCUCUUCCAGGCGGAGGCCCAGAUGUCAUUCCACGAGAAGAGGAGCCAGCUUCACAGGCCCCUGCCUUUCCCUUAGCCAUCAAGAUGAUGUGGAAUAUCUCGGCGGGCUCCUCCAGUGAAGCCAUCUUCAGCACAAUGAGCCAGGAGUUAGUCCCAGCUAGUCGAGCGGCCUUGGCCGGGGAGUACGGAGCGGUCACUUACAGAAGAUUCAAGGGAGGUCCCAAGCAACUGGCCCCUCAUCCCAACAUCAUCCGGGUCUUCCGUGCCUUCACCUCCUCGGUACCACUGCUGCCAGGGGCCCUGGUCGACUACCCUGACGUGCUGCCCCCACGUCUUCACCCUGAAGGCCUGGGCCACGGGCGGACUCUCUUCCUCGUUAUGAAGAACUACCCCUAUACGCUGCGCCAGUACCUUCGUGAGAACACCCCGAGCCCCCGCCUCGCCACUGUGAUGGUCUUGCAGCUGCUGGAGGCGGUGGAUCAUCUGGUUCAACAGGGCGUCGCACACAGAGACUUAAAAUCUGACAAUAUUCUCUUGGAGUUGGAUGCAGAUGGCUGUCCCUGGCUGGUGAUCACCGACUUCGGCUGCUGCCUGGCUGACGAGCGCACCGGCCUGCAGCUGCCUUUUACCAGCUGGUACGUGGAUCGGGGCGGAAACGGCUGCCUGAUGGCCCCAGAGGUGUCCACCGCCUGCCCUGGCCCCCAGGCGGUGAUCGACUACAGCAAGGCGGAUGCCUGGGCCGUGGGUGCGCUCGCCUAUGAGAUCUUUGGGCUCUCCAAUCCCUUUUAUGGCCAGGGCAGGGCCCACCUUGAAAGCCGCAGUUACCAGGAGGCUCAGCUGCCCGCACUGCCUGAGUCGGUGCCUCUGGAGGCAAGACAGCUGGUGAGGUCACUGCUCCAGCGAGAGGCCAGCAAGAGACCAUCUGCCCGAGUAGCUGCUAACGUACUUCAUUUAAGCCUCUGGGGUGAACAUACUCUAGCCCUGAAGCACCUACAACUAGACAAGAUAAUCAGCUGGCUCCUCCAGCAGUCAGCUGCCACUCUGUUGGCCGACAGGCUCACAGAAAAGAGCUGCGUGGAAACCAAGAUGAAGAUGUUAUUUCUAGCCAACCUGGAGUAUGAAGCGCUGUGCCAGGCAGCCCUGCUCCUCUGCUUCUGGAGAGCAGCCCCGUGAGGGCUCCGCUGUAGCUGGUGUCUCACUAAAAGAGCUUAGCGACAUCCGUGUGGUGCUGGUCUGUGAGCGCUGCGGGCGGGGUCCCGGGACGCGAGGGCGGGCGGCACGAGGGGGAGGGCGCGGAGAGGCUGGUCAGCGCUAGAGAAGGCCUCUGGUUUGGCAAACGGAAGGAACAGCUGGUGGCAAAGCUCAUGGUCUGUAGCUACUAACUCACCCUAGCUGUGCGAUUUUAGGAGCAUCGUGUAACCCGUGUGAGGUUCUCUCGCCUGUGCUGUGGGAACCUGGGCUAGAGCGGAGCUGGAGGAGCUGGCACUUUCUGCGGAGGGCCCGGUGGUAAAUACUCCAACUGUCGCGGCUACUCCACUGUUGUUAGAGCACAAAAACAGUCUGAAAUAUGUAAAUAUACUGAAAUUUGAA